AGGCUGGGCUGGACACACCCCUGGGAUGCACUGGGGGGCCGGGGAGCCGUCCCGCACUGACGACCAGAGUUGUGCUGGGCUCGCUCCAGUGAACAGCGGCUCUCGGAGUUGGGGACUCCUUGGGGACGUGACGCUCAGGCUCACAGCAGGAUGCGGGAGAUCGUGCACAUUCAGAUCGGCCAGUGUGGCAACCAGAUCGGGGCCAAGGGACCAGCAGUUGGCGUAAUGGCUACGUCACUGGACUUCCAUGUAGUCGACCAUGGUUCGAGUCCUGGACACAGUGGCUUAAAGUCACACUGGUUCUGGGAGGUGAUCGGCGAGGAACACGGGAUCGGCUUGGCCGGGAGUGUGUGCGGGGCUUCGGCCCUGCAGUUGGAGAGAAUCAGCGUGUACUACAAUGAAGCCUACGGUAAGAAGUAUGUGCCCCGGGCCGUCCUGGUGGACCUGGAGCCCGGGACGAUGGACAGCAUCCGAUCCAGCAAACUGGGAGCCCUCUUCCAGCCAGACAGCUUUGUCCAUGGUAACUCUGGGGCCGGCAACAACUGGGCCAAGGGCCACUACACGGAGGGGGCCGACCUGAUGGAGGGCGUCCUGGACGUGGUGAGGCGCGAGAGCGAAAGCUGCGACUGCCUGCAGGGCUUCCAGAUCGUGCACUCGCUGGGCGGGGGCACCGGCUCAGGCAUGGGCACCCUGCUCAUGAGCAAGAUCCGGGAGGAGUACCCGGACAGGAUCAUGAACUCCUUCAGCGUCAUGCCCUCGCCCAAGGUGUCGGACACGGUGGUGGAGCCCUACAACGCCGUGCUGUCCCUCCACCAGCUCAUCGAGAACGCCGAUGCCUGCUUCUGCAUCGACAAUGAGGCCCUCUACGACAUCUGCUUCCGUACGCUGAAGCUGAGCACGCCCACCUACGGGGACCUCAACCACCUGGUGUCCUUGACCAUGAGCGGUAUCACCACCUCCCUGCGCUUCCCGGGCCAGCUCAACGCCGACCUGCGCAAGCUGGCCGUGAACAUGGUGCCCUUCCCACGCCUGCACUUCUUCAUGCCCGGCUUCGCGCCGCUCACGGCGCAGGGGAGCCAGCAGUACCGCGCCCUCUCGGUGGCUGAGCUUACCCAGCAGAUGUUCGACGCCCGCAACACCAUGGCUGCCUGCGACCCCCGCCGCGGCCGCUACCUGACGGUGGCCUGCAUUUUCCGGGGUAAGAUGUCCACCAAGGAGGUGGACCAGCAGCUGCUCUCCGUGCAGACUAAGAACAGCAGCUGUUUUGUGGAGUGGAUCCCCAACAAUGUCAAGGUGGCCGUCUGCGACAUCCCACCCAGGGGGCUGAACAUGGCCGCCACCUUCAUCGGCAACAGCACAGCCAUCCAAGAGCUGUUCCGCAGGGUGUCCGAGCACUUCUCGGCCAUGUUCAAGAGGAGGGCGUUUGUGCACUGGUACACCAGCGAAGGCAUGGACGUCGGGGAGUUUGGGGAAGCUGAAAGCGACAUCCACGACUUGGUAUCUGAGUACCAGCAAUUUCAGGACGCCAAAGCCGUCCUGGAAGAAAGCGAGGAGGCCGUGGAGGAGAUGCAUGUGGCACCAGCAGAUAAGGAACACUGACCACAGGGGCUGCACGCUUAGUGGCUCCGAGCAGGUUCCAAGGCCAGCUUCACCUGCAGCACCGCAAAGCCCAUGGCACUAUAGACCGUGCCCGGCCCUUGGCACAUUCACUUCCUCCCAGGGCUGCAGAAGGGGGGCUCCCCCCAGGUGCUCUGUGGGACCAAGGGCUCCCCUUGCGGCCUGGCAGCCAGCACACUCACUCACCUGUGUUAACAGCAAUGUGGAUUCACUGCAAAGUGCUCCCUGUUUCCGUGUUUCUUUUUUUAAUUAAUUUAUUCAUUCAUUCAUUCCUUCAUUUUAGCUUGACCAGAGAAGGGGGGGAGAGAGAGAGAGAGAGAGAGAGAGAGAGAGAGAGAGAGAGAGAGAAGUGAGAAAGCAAGCCACCAGGUCCAGGACUUGAACCGUGGUCGGCCAUGUGGGAGUGUCCAGCACCUUAACCACCACACCACCUGCUGGUCUCUGUUUCCAUGUUUCUUGGGGACUCAUCUUGGGCACACCCUGCCAGGGGACCUGCAUGGAGCUGCUGCUGCCCACUGUGGUUUGUCAGCUCUCGGGCAGGACUGGGGGACACUGUGCGCCCUCAGCUUCUCAGCCAGCACCGCCUGGCGGUCUGGCCCACCUUCCUCUCACACCAGGGGUCUGCAGAAGGGCCAGGUGACCCACGGGUGUCUGGGAGCCCCACAGCAAGGGGCACGUGUGCCAGCGCCCUUGAGAGUCCACGAGAUUGUCGUCAGCCCCCGUGCACACCUGGGCACACUGAUGGAAAAGGGAGAGAGCAGGGCCCAGCCCUCGCCACGGAAAUACACGCCAGGAAACCAGCUGCAGGGGACACGCGAAACCCCAGAACGCCAGCCCUCCUCCUCGCCCCGGAAGAGCUGGCUGUUACCACCUGUGUGCGUUCCGUUUCUUACUAGGGACUCACUAACCAUCAUCUUUGGCGGCUAUUUUAAGAUGCCCUUUUCACUUUCACUCAGUACUCACCCCCCAGAACCGCCUGGAGCCUCUUGGCUCUAGUCUCUGACUCUCUCUCGAGCCGGGCAACCAUGGACGCGGGACUCCAGCAGCGGUGGCUGCGUGCCCUUCCUGGUGACGGAGGGCGUCUCGUCAGGGAACUUGGACAGUUCAAAGGGAUUCGCCCAAGCCGCCCUGUUUGUGUGAUGACACAGCUUUCGCCACUGCCCGAUGUGACCCGCUCACGUGACUGUAGGACCACACGAGAGUGUAAUCAAACCGUCCACGCCUUUAUUAGUCCCCUCCAGCCCCAUCAGGGCUCCCACCGCUUUGUCAGCAGAACGACACUGUGCCACACGGAGACCCGCCCACAGCGGUAAUGGGGUCCCCGUUCCCAGCCUGCCUUUGUACCCAGCAGUAACAAGGUGGGGCAGCUGCUCAGUCAGAACCCUCCCUCCUUCCACACGUGCACAAUAACCAAAACACACACUGCGAGAAAACGAGGCCUUGCUGUCCACAAGCUGCCCGUCCACCAAGGGUAGAGACAAGCCUCUGAACACUUCCUCCUCGGGGCUCCAGACAGGCUGGACUUAGGAAGAAAGCGCACCUCUCCCGGCUGGUCGCAGGUCAGCAGCUUCUCGGGGGCUAACAGGCUCACAGGGGAAUGUACACGGAGAUGCUUCUGGCACUUCCCCCUCAAAGGCGAUUACACAGACCCAAGACAAUAGAUGGGCUUAAAUCUUUAAAAAAGCUUUUUAAAAAGCUUUUGCUGAUUUAUAUUCCUAUAAAGAUUGUUUGCUCGAUAGUAAUCAUUAAAGUAUAAAGAAAUUCAA